AUGAGAUAUUUAACAAUUUCGUUUCUUCUCGUUCUCAUUGCAUGUUUGUUUGUCUUACAAAUCGAUGCAUUUUUUACGGGCGGAGCAAAAGACAAAAGCAAAGACAAGGGCCAAUGUAGCUUAUACAAAGGUCGAUGUGGUGGAACAAUCAAUAACAAAUGCUGUAAACUACCAUUGAAAUGUGCUAAACAAACGAAAAUUUGCGGUCAAGAUAAGUUAUGUUGCGUUACCGAAGCCGAUAUUCAACGUCAUAAACAAGAAAGUGGUAGUUGGAAAGAUAGUCGUAAUGGUUAA